CGGCGGCGGGGGUGGGAAGGGGGUGGCGGGGGCGGCUCCGGUUCCCGCUGGGCGGGGCAGGCGGCGCGGCCGCUCCCGGGCUGGCACCGAGCGGAGCGGCCGCCGGUCGCGGCGGAGCGAUGAUCCGCAGGGAAGACACCGAAAAGGCAGUGGAAAUCCUUACAAGAUACCAAAGCACCCUGCUGUCCCCAGAGGAACAGGAGUUAAAAGCCUCCAUCGGAAAGAUCUCGCACAUCUUCCAAAGUGAACUAUUCCAGGCUCUGCUGGAUAUCCACGAAUUCUACGACUUCACGCUGCGCUCUGCACCCCUGCAGCCUCCCGGCCCGGACGCACGUUGCAGCACAGCCCGGCAGCAGCAUGGGGCCGGCAAGCCCGGCUCCUCAGACACCCCCAGGGAGCCCCAAAAUCUCCCCGAGGAGCCGGCCGAGGACGGUGAGCGGAGGCUGCCCGUGGCCACCUGCAGGAUGCCGGGGACCCCUCCACGGCUGGUGAGGGUGACGGCCCGCAGGACGGAGGCACCGACCAGCGUCUGCAGCCUGGUGCUGGGCUCCCGCAGCGCCCUGCCCCAGGCCAACCCUGCUCCCAUUAUCGUGAACACAGACUCGCUGGAACAAGGACUCUCUGUGAACGGCAGCGAUGGGAUGUUUAAAUACGAGGAGAUCGUCUUGGAAAGGGGUAACUCCGGCCUCGGCUUCAGCAUAGCAGGAGGGAUCGACAACCCCCACAUUCCAGAUGACCCGGGCAUCUUCAUCACCAAAAUCAUCCCCGGGGGAGCGGCAGCCAUGGACGGACGUUUGGGGGUGAACGACUGCGUGCUGCGGGUCAACGACGUGGACGUCUCCGAGGUGGUGCACAGCAAAGCCGUGGAGGCUCUGAAGGAAGCGGGCCCCGUGGUGCGGCUCGUGGUGCGGCGCCGGCAGCCCCCGCCGGAGACCAUCAUGGAGGUCAACCUGAUGAAGGGACCCAAAGGACUGGGCUUCAGCAUCGCAGGGGGCAUCGGGAACCAGCACAUCCCCGGGGACAACAGCAUCUACAUCACCAAGAUCAUCGAGGGAGGCGCUGCCCAGAAGGACGGGCGUCUGCAGAUCGGGGACCGGCUGCUGGCGGUGAAUAACACGAACCUGCAGGACGUGCGGCACGAGGAGGCGGUGGCCGCCCUGAAGAACACCUCCGACAUGGUGUACCUGAAAGUGGCCAAACCCGGCAGCCUGCACCUCAACGACAUGUACGCGCCCCCCGACUACGCCAGCACCUUCUCAGCCUUGGCUGACAACCACAUAAGCCAUAACUCCAGUCUGGGCUACCUGGGCAGCGUGGAGAACAAACCUGCCUACACCGUCCCCCCUCAAGUGACCCCCUCCAGGUACUCGCCCAUCCCUCGGCACAUGAUUGGGGACGACGACUUCACCAGAGAGCCCCGGAAAAUCAUCCUGCACAAAGGCUCCACCGGCCUGGGCUUCAACAUCGUCGGGGGGGAAGAUGGAGAGGGCAUCUUCGUGUCCUUCAUCCUGGCCGGAGGCCCCGCCGACCUCAGCGGGGAGCUGCGGAGGGGCGACCGCAUCCUCUCGGUGAACGGCGUGAACCUGCGCAACGCCACCCACGAGCAGGCGGCGGCGGCGCUGAAGCGGGCGGGGCAGACGGUGACCAUCAUCGCGCAGUACCGGCCCGAAGAGUACAGCCGCUUCGAGUCCAAGAUCCACGACUUGAGAGAGCAGAUGAUGAACAGCAGCAUGAGCUCUGGCUCUGGCUCACUCCGGACAAGCGAGAAGAGAUCCCUCUACGUCCGAGCUCUGUUUGACUAUGACCGGACCCGGGACAGUUGCUUGCCCAGCCAGGGGCUCAGCUUCUCCUACGGGGACAUCCUGCACGUCAUCAAUGCCUCUGAUGAUGAGUGGUGGCAAGCCAGGCUCGUGACACCCCAUGGCGAGAGCGAGCAGAUCGGGGUCAUCCCCAGCAAGAAGAGGGUGGAGAAGAAGGAGAGAGCGCGGUUGAAAACGGUGAAGUUCCACGCCAGGACCGGCAUGAUAGAGUCCAACCGGCAGCUGGAGCAACCCAAUGGAAAGAGCAGCGCAAUUGGACUCAAAUUCCUCAGGCACGCGUCCACCUGGCUCGGCCCAGCACGGGUCCCCUUGACAGCAGGGGGUCGAUCAAAACGAAACGUAAAAAGAGUUUCCGCCUCUCUCGAAAGUUUCCAUUUUACAAGAGCAAAGAGAACCUGGCCCAGGAGAGCAGCGGACAGGAACGACUUCCCUGGGUUAAGUGACGAUUAUUAUGGAGCAAAGAACCUGAAGGGCGUGACAUCAAACACCAGUGACAGCGAGAGCAGUUCCAAAGGACAAGAGGACACUAUCCUGUCAUACGAACCGGUGACACGGCAAGAAAUUCACUAUGCGAGGCCAGUGAUCAUCCUGGGGCCGACGAAGGACCGAGUUAACGAUGACCUCAUCUCUGAAUUCCCACACAAGUUUGGUUCCUGUGUGCCACACACCACCAGGCCUCGGCGCGAGAAUGAGGUGGAUGGACAAGACUACCAUUUCGUCGUAUCCCGAGAACAAAUGGAGAAGGAUAUUCAGGACAAUAAGUUCAUAGAGGCUGGGCAGUUCAAUGACAAUCUCUACGGGACCAGCAUUCAGUCGGUGCGGGCGGUCGCGGAGAGGGGGAAACACUGCAUCCUGGAUGUAUCUGGCAAUGCUAUCAAGAGGUUGCAACAAGCACAACUUUAUCCCAUUGCCAUUUUUAUCAAACCAAAAUCCAUCGAAGCUCUCAUGGAGAUGAACCGGAGACAGACAUACGAACAGGCCAACAAGGUCUUUGACAAAGCCAUGAAACUCGAGCAAGAAUUUGGAGAGUAUUUUACAGCCAUCGUACAAGGAGACUCUCUUGAAGAGAUUUACAGCAAAAUCAAACAGAUCAUUGAGGACCAGUCCGGGCACUACAUCUGGGUCCCGUCCCCAGAGAAACUCUGAAGAUGACCCCCACCUGCUUCCCUGUGAGCAGAAGACCUCUGAAAUCCCACCCCACCCAAGCCCUCUGCCCCGAGGGGGAGGAUAUGAAAACUAUUCCUGCCCCCUUUUUUAGAUCGUCGCAAAAUUGAGUUUUCUAGUCCUGUUUCUUUUGUUGGGAUGAACUGAUCUCAUUCAUCACGUGACUGUUCCUACCAUUCCUGCAUGGACCUUCCCACUGCUCCAUUAGAGACAGAUGAGAACCCAUUCAAGAGUUGUUUUUUAUUAUUAUUAUUAUUAUUAUUAUUAUUAUUAACUAAACCAAGAAUCAAGAUGGGAGGAGGCGGCUAAGGACUAAUGUAAGAAACAAGUGAAACAACGGACUCUGAGAACAUGAGCUGGUAUCAGAGCUCCAGGGGCAUUUUUCCAAGUGUGACUGUCUAGCAGCUCUGAACAGUGCGACAGAAAGGCAGCAGAAGGCAUUUUAUUUAUCUGUAUAUGUAAUUUAUAUAUAAUAUAGAGAAAGAUAUUAUAUAUAUAUUAUAUAUAUGUGUGUGUGUGUGGACUAGGAAACCUGAGGGACCUCUUAAAAGGUACUGUAUUACUGCAAGGAUCUUUCAGUUUCUUUGUCCCAGCCGCUGGGCGUAGGGAGUCCACUUGGGCAGGAAGAGAUGAAGCCGGUACCACACGCUUUGGGAGCGUCUCCCGUCUGCGCCAGUCUCCUGCCAGCCACCCCAGGCCUGUGAGCAGAGCAGAGACUGGGACGCUGCGUCUGCAGAAGGGACCAGAGGUCCGGAGUGACCCAGCAAGGAGCAGCGGCCACUGAGCUGGGUGAGGCUGGGAGGCAUUGACUGAGCAGGAGGCUGCAGAGCAAGAGAAUGGAUGAUGCUACAUAUUAAAUUGCACAUUGUUUUACACACCACCGUACGUGUUUGCAUGAGAGGUUUCCUUUUGGUUCUAUUUUUUUAAGCUGAUGUUAAACCAAAACCA